AUGGCCACACCCGCCCGACCUCCCCCCUCCGCGACCGUCCUCUUUAUAUAUCCCGCGACCCUGUUGCUAGGAUCUUUAUUCUCAGCAAUCUCACCAACGGCUCAAACCACAAGGGGGGUCGCAUCUUCAUCUUCCCAACCAGCAGGAGCCCUGGCGCCUUCCCUGGCAGCAGACCUACAUCUUUCCGAGAGUCCAGUCAACUACUUUGCGCGGAAGAACAACAUUUUCAACAUCUACUUCGUUAAGAUUGGAUGGCUAUGGACAACCCUCGCUUUUGUUUCCCUCCUCCUCACGCAACCGGCCUUCCGCCCUUACGCCUCGCUCCCUGAAUCACAGCAACAGACACGAGUUCGCCGGGCCAUCCAGGCCGUCUCUCGUUACGCACUCGCGACGACAGUAUGGUAUCUCAUGACGCAGUGGUUCUUCGGCCCUGCUAUAAUUGAUCGAAGCUUUGUGUUCACGGGCGGGAAAUGCUCGGAAAUCAUUAAAACCGCAGGAGAAGCGACACCGAAUUUGACUCCCUCUAUCCAACUGGAGACGGUGUUCUCGGCUGCUGCCUGUAAAUCGGCCGGUGGAUUAUGGGGAGGUGGUCAUGACAUUAGUGGCCACGUUUUUAUGCUUGUCCUCACCACCGCCCUCCUCGCAUUCGAGGCCAUUGGCGUUGGUGCCUUCUCGUUCCCUUCGCGUGCCGAGGGGGAUGGUUCUCGUGAGCGCAAGGCGAGCGACCCAACCAAUAUCAGAACAUGUGAACAGGAUGAUGGCUCUGGGUUUGUAAGGACAUGGGCCCUGCGUUUUGUUUGGGGAGUAGUGGCUCUAGGUUGGUGGAUGCUUUUCAUGACCGCUAUCUGGUUCCAUACAUGGUUGGAGAAGUGGUCCGGAUUGUUCAUCGCCUUGAGCGCCGUGUUUGCUAUUUACAUUCUCCCAAGGAAUCUACCCCCUUGGAGGAAUAUUGUCGGUGUACCAGGGGCUUAG